AUGACAAAAUAAACAUGUCAAAACAGAGCCUGCCUCUUUUGCGCUCGGCGGUGGAAAGGUUUUGUGGACGAAAUUUUCGCUUAACCACCGACUGAUCAUGGUGUUUUCGAAGAGAAAGAUGAAGCAGUUCCUAGCGUUCGGAGUGACGAUCGUGCUCGUGAUUUGUUUGUACAAAUCAUGGGGCAGUCCAACGAACGGGGUGUCACACUACGCGUACGAUGACAACGGUGAUAACGAUGGGGUUGGCGCACUAGAUAACAACGCUCAGGUCGAUCGGGAAAGUCGGCGGGCCGCCGGUCCAUCGCCCGAACGGCUCGUGCUGUCGGUGGCCGAUCGAAACGGUCACCGGCCACAGCAUAACAGCAUCGAUGGAGCUAGCGAUGAUGCCGAUGGAAACGAUGACGGGGACCGGCUGCUGCUGGUACAAAGCAAACAUCGGUCAUUCCGCAAGGGAUUGGCUGGGGGCGCUCUGGCGAAACAAAGGAACGGUGACGAUCUAGCGCUGGAUGAUCCGGAGCGAGAAUCGCGGCUCAAUGAGCUGCACGAGGCUAAGCGCCAGAUACUGGAGCUGGAACGCAAGAUACAGGAGCUGGAGGGUCGGAUACCGCGCAAGUAUCCGGACGUUACCUUCUUGAACUACAAAAAUCGCAAACGCAUACUGAUAACGGGAGGAGCCGGUUUCGUAGGAUCGCACCUGGUCGACUAUCUCAUGAUGCAAGGUCACGAGGUGAUCGUGGCGGAUAACUUCUUCACGGGCCGGAAGCGCAACGUAGAGCACUGGCUCGGGCAUGAGAACUUCGAGCUGAUCCAUCACGACAUCGUCAAUCCGCUGUUCAUCGAGGUGGACGAAAUCUAUCAUCUGGCCAGCCCGGCCAGCCCCCCGCACUACAUGUACAAUCCGGUGAAAACGAUCAAAACCAACACGCUCGGUACGAUCAACGUGCUCGGGCUGGCGAAACGUGUCGGCGCCAAGGUACUGAUUGCCAGCACGUCCGAGGUGUACGGUGAUCCCGACGUACAUCCGCAGCCCGAAACGUACUGGGGCCACGUUAAUCCGAUCGGACCACGGGCCUGCUACGACGAGGGCAAACGCGUCUCGGAAACGCUGAGCUAUGCGUACGCGAAGCAGGAGAAAGUGAAUGUACGGGUGGCGCGCAUCUUUAACACGUACGGACCACGGAUGCACAUGAAUGAUGGGCGCGUAGUGUCUAACUUUAUCAUACAAGCACUGCAAAACCAGUCCAUUACGAUUUAUGGCAGUGGCCAUCAGACACGAUCGUUCCAGUACGUAUCGGAUCUGGUCGAUGGUUUGGUGGCGCUGAUGGCAUCCAACUACACGCAACCCGUCAACCUUGGCAAUCCGGUCGAGCGGACGAUCCAAGACUUUGCCGAAAUUAUACGCGAUCUGGUGGGUUGCAAGAGCAAGAUUAUCGAACUGCCCGCGGUUGAGGAUGAUCCCCAGCGACGAAAGCCAGAUAUUGCGAGGGCAAAGAAAUACAUCAACUGGGAACCGAGGGUCCCUCUACAAGAAGGGCUCAUGAAAACGAUAGACUAUUUUCGCAAGGAACUAGCACGCUCAAACCACUCACAGCGCAACAUCUUUGUGCCCGAAACGACGGAGUUCCGCACAUUGCUAUGAUAUCGGGCACCGAGUUGUGAUAUGGAUUAAGGAGGGUGGACGCAUUUGGGAUUUGAUCCUUGUGCUGCACGCAUCAACACACCCUCGGGACAGCACAACGGGACGACGUGCAGAGCAGCAUUGUAGAUACGCGAAAGGGCUUGCCGUAGUGAAUAAGUGUAGCAAUAUGAUUAUCGUCUAUUGGAAGCUAUGGUUUUGUGCAAAAGCGGUGUGAGUAUUUUUUCCGUAAAGGAGUACCAAACCGAAGACCCCCCCUCUCCCCCUUCACAAUCGAUGCAGUCUUAGUAAAUAGUUAGUUCGGUUACUUGCUGGCAUUCUCUCUAAAUUGGUUUAUCUACUCCAUUCUUUCAAUCAACAAACCGACGGCUGAGGCUCAAAACUAAAGGAAACGUAGUUCGGUUGAUUGUUUUUUUUUUUUGUAAGUCAAGCGCAAUUAAUUGUGAUACGAACAGAGUUACAGUUGCACAGAACUACAGCAAGUACGGUUUAUUUAAGCGCAAAAGUGCUUACACUCGCUUAAACAAAUACUUCUUUUUUAUAUGGUUUGUAAUUCAGCAAGGCUGCGUCAACAAGUGUGCUUAGAGCGUGGUUUUGUGCUCUUUUACCGAUUUUUAUACUCCCAUUUUUUUAAUGUAAAUACUUUCUAGUCUGGUUUUAAUAUGCGCCUAGGUUACAGUAAUGAGGAUUGUAUUUUUGGUUUGUCUGUUUUGUCUUGUUUUCGGCGAAGAUUAGGUAAAAAAAAAACGCUAAGGAUCUGUUAAAUGUGUAAUCAAUAGUGAAAAGAAAUAAAAAAUAGCAUAAAACUAAGAGAAU